UAUCCUGGCGGUAUUCACGCCUGCUCUGGCCGCUGCCUUCUCCAGGUGAUUGUGCACACCUGUUGACUAAAGGCGCAGAGGCGCGUUAUGCUUCGCUAGCUUACAUCACGACAUGUGUCAUCGAGUAGACAGGCAGCGGACAUGAAGCUCAUGGCUGGUUACUCAUCAGACAGAUCUCAAGAUUUGGAAAUGUGGUGUAACUGCUGUUUCGGGUGUUGAAUGUCCAGCCAUGUGACCAUGGAUUGGUCCAUACGCUGGGUGUAUGUGAUCCUUGUGUUGACCUGCGUGGAGUACAUCGGGACGGAGAGUGAAGCAGAUUGUAAAACCUGGAACGUUUGGCUGGCAAUGCCAGUUUUCCUGUGCCUGUCGCCGUGGAUCCUGUGAUGCAACCACAGGCUACUGUGAGGCCGGCUGCCGUGCAGGCCGAUAUGGAGUCGGUUGUCAGCUAGAUUCUACGUGUAUGUAUGACCGGUAUGGAGUUAACUACACCGGAGACGUCAACUCUGCGAGCAGAGGAAGAACAUGUUUGCCGUGGUCCGAUGUCCUACAGCAAGGCUACACUAGAGAGGAGUUCCCUGUUGGCGAUGAGCCCCACAACUACUGCAGGAACCCAAGGACUCCACACGGAAACUAUGCAGCCCAGCCCUGGUGCUACAUAGCAAACGGUGCUGCCAGAUCCUUUGCUGUCUGUGAUCUCAUCGUCGCAUGUGAGUGUCCAGUGGGCCUGUUCGGCCAGGCGUGUGAAUCGUUCUGUCACUGUAAGGAUACCCAGAGCGGUUGUGACAAGGUCACGGGUUUAUGCGCGUCAGGGUGUGCCGCUGGCUGGACAGGGAUGGACUGUCAAGCAGAAUGCGUCAGUGGAAAGUACGGCGUUGGGUGCACAGAAACCUGUGGACACUGCUAUGGACGCUCGUGCGACCACGUGACUGGGGAAUGCCCUGGGGGUUGUACGGAGGGCUACCAGGGACAGAAAUGUCUUCAAGAGUGUACACGUAACUGGUAUGGACGGAACUGCAGCCAGAGGUGUGGGAAUUGUUCUCACGAGGAGCCUUGUCAUCAGAAGACUGGCAGCUGCUUCCGGGGAUGCGCAGAGGGCUACAUGGGAGAUAAGUGUAUACAGACAUGUCCUCCAGGGAGAUACGGACGUCAGUGUACGCAUGUCUGUGACCCCUGCCCUUCAUACACCUGGUGUCAUCACGUGACUGGCGAAUGCAUCAGGACUCUUAAAGUCCAGGCUGUUGACGCAUCAACAAAAUUGCUGAUACCGCUCAUAGUCGGGUCUGUCUUGAUAUUGGUGGGUCUCCUGAUCGCAGUCUUCUGCGUUAUAUGGAUCCACCGUCGAGUGUGCACGACCAGACAGACGCUAUAUGUACGGAAGACAGUCCGGGAUGACCACACCCGAGGAAGACGUCACGUUGCUGUCUGUGUGAUUACACCAGGAGGAGACGGAAUGAAAUCCUUACCAUUACUGGCGUUGAGUCUGUACUUCAUGCAUCUCACUGAUGCAAAACGAGGCUGUCCCCGUGGUAGCUUUGGAUGGAAGUGUAAGUUUCGCUGCCACUGCCGUCGCGGGUCAUGUGACGAAAAGAAUGGAUGGUGCGAGUCGGGAUGCCAAGGAGGGAAAUAUGGAUUUGGUUGUCAGCUCGACAACCAUUGCAUGUAUGACAGCCGUGGCAUCAACUACACCGGCACCAUCGGUCAGAAACAGGGUGGUCGUAUGUGUCUUAAAUGGUCGGAACCCUUUGUCCGUCAACUAGGGUAUACAAACCAAAGUUUCCCUCACGAAGACAACCCGAAAAACUACUGUAGAAAUCCUCGGUAUGGAAAGUACAAAUACGCUUCGAAGCCCUGGUGUUUCAUCUCUGCACAUAAUGGGAAGAAUUACGCUAUGUGCGUCGAUCUUAAACUAUGCAACUGUCCCGAUGGAUUGUUCGGAGAAGGUUGCGGGAAAUACUGUCAUUGUGGUGACGUGUAUGAAGCGUGUGCAGACAGCUUGGGCCACUGCAAGACUGGGUGCUCUUCUGGCUGGACUGGCUUGAACUGUCAGAAGAAAUGUGAGGCGGGUACCUACGGCCGUGGGUGUGUCCAAGUGUGUGGCCACUGUCACCAGGAGACGUGUGACCCUGAGAGUGGGGCGUGUCAGGGUGCCUGCAAGGAGGGCUACUGGGGCUCGGACUGUACACAUGAAUGUGCCCCUGGUGCUACCGGACGUGACUGCAAGGAGCUCUGUGAACGCUGCCCAGACGGACACGAUUACUGUCUCUCUAAGACCGGCACCUGCGUGGAGGGAUGUUCCCACAUGUAUACGGGCAGCGGUUGUUGUUUUCAUAACUGUAGUAAUUGUCACAGUGGAACAUGCGGCAACUGCUCUCAUGUCUGUAACCCUGACAACAAGAAUCACCCGAGUGGCCUAAGCGUAAACCAGAAGUUGUCAAUAGGAUUAUCUGCUGGACUGUCAACCGCUGCUGUCGCGGUUGGGAUUGUUGCUGGACUUAGUUACAAAGCCUGGAAACGACACACUGCCAGUAAAUCCCAGCACGAAUGUAUUGAGAUGGUACCCCAAGGACAUCACAAUGCUGCUUCAGAUUCCUAUUUGUCAUCGCGUGGAAAAAAAUCAAAACAGAAGUCUGCUACAACAAGUCUUCUGAGAAGCGAGCUGUCGAUGAAUCCGAGUGGAAGGCGAGAAACCAAAUUUGUUUCUCGUCUUUUCGCCCACACCAGCUACCAACCCGAUCUCUUCAGCAGCUCCCAGGGUUUGCCACGACAGGACAGUUACAUAGAUAGUAUUAACAUAUUCGGGACAGAGCAGGUCGAAGACAAUGCCGUCACUCCGAGACGACACCUUUUUGGCCAAAGUAGUCGUAAUCAAGGUGGUUCGAAAAAGAAGGGCGGCGUCAGUUUAUCACUCGCGCCGCCAGAUAGCGGCUUUAUUGAAGAAUUGUCAUAGUCAGUCACCUAAGCUGGAGAAAGUGGCCGAGUUGGUAACAUGCGGGUUCUUGACGGGUGAUUAAUACAUUGAUUUGACCUUGACGUGGAAUCUAAUGUCAAAUCACGAGAUGGUAAAUGAAAAUUGAACAUUUAGAAAGCAUGGAUUGUAUUGAUCCAACAUUCAAAUAUGGCGAAUUCUCUCGUUUCAUGGAAAAAAACCCGUUACGAUUAGGGACAAGACCUGAUACCUGACCUGACCUGGUGGUCAGGUUCUUGACUUGGUUGACUGGAUGUUACAAUAGUUAAUCCGAGUUUGACCCUUAACUAAACGAUCUAGACACAAAUGGAUGACGAUAGGUCCGCACAAAACGAUGGAGUGGUCAAAGCAAGCCCUCUGAUUGGUCGACGCUUGUUAAGGAGACAUUUACAGCUGAUGCUGAGAAGCAAUUGAUAGGAAAAAAAAUUCUUUUCCAAGUCAAGCAAGCGAUAAAGUUCAAAUUUCCAGCGAAUUACUAAAGAAUGUGCAGAUUUACAGGCGUCGACCAGUCAGAGGACUUGCUUCGGCCACACCGCCGUUUUGCGCGGGCCUAUCGUCAUCAUUUUGUGUCUAGAUCGUUUAGUUGAGGGUCAAAAUCGGCUUUCAAUCGAUUUGCAGAAAUAACAAUAAAGAACUGGUAGGUGUCAUGAGUGGUGAUCGAUAGACCAAUCAUCCAUGGUUAUGUUCAUGUCAGUUUCAAGAUCAUGUCUACCAGUCUAUGCCCAAUAUGUAACUUUAAAUAAAAUGUUGAAUAAGA